AUGCGUUAUUUCUAUUACAAGGCUAAAUUGGAAAGUACACACAUUCCCAGUAUUCUCGGCCUCACUACCUCGGUCGAUGUAGCAAAAAUUCGGGAGCUUGAGCAAAAUCUGGAUACAGCUUGUCGAGCUCCAUUAGCUCAGCAUCAAGAGCUGGCGCAGUAUGAGUGUCAUCGGAAUUUUACGAAAAUCUUCUACUAUCAGCAUUCUCAUGAUGCAGUAGACCUGCCUAUGUAUUUACACACACUAGGAGAGGUAAUCAGGGAAUUGCGUGCCAAAGGAAAAGCCGAAGGCAACGGCAUCCCUGAUGAUAUCUCCAAGUUGCCUAUGAAAGCUCGUACCAUUUGGUGCAAUCUAGAAAUAUACCACCCUGUUGGCUGUGCUGAACGAGAGCUUAAGAGACUCUGUUCAAUUGGAUGCCCCGGCAGCACUUCCGACAAAGUCGAGCAGCUUAUGGCAUUUCUCAAGGAAAGAAAUAGUGAUGCUUUUUCGGGUAUCAUCUUCGUCCGGCAAAGGAUCACUGCGCAUGUACUGUCAGCACUGCUGAAUACCCACACAGCGACUCGAAAAUCACUCCGAUGGGCACCUUGUGUGAGCGGCUUGGCUCACGCCGAGUCAUGGGUCGGGGAUGAGUAUCAGGGCGAAAGUGCGGUGUCGCAAUUCUGCAGCGGCUUGAAAAAUCUGAUCGUUGCUACUAGUGUGCUUGAAGAAGGCAUUGAUCUUCCCGCGUGCCAUCCGGUGAUUUCACUUGAAUUCCCAGACAAUAUCAUAUAUUUCAUCCAACGCCGGGGUCGUGCGCGACAGAGCACAUCGGAGUUUGCUAUGAUGGAGAUAAGGGAUUCCGGUUCUACACCUCUGGAUUCAAAGAGAUGGAGCGAUCUGGAAAAGCAAAUCCAAAUGAUAUGUCUGGACCAUGAACGAAUUCACCAGGCAUCGGAGGUGGACGACAAGCAGUGGGACAAGAUUGGUCUACAACUACAGCUGCACACAGGGUUUGGUUCCGGUGGAGGGCGUGUGGAACAGGGUCACCGAAUUUGGCAACUGCAGCACGAGAAACGUAAUUUCAUUAAUCUGGGGUGA